CCUUGUGAUGAAUGCAAUAAGUUGUAUUCGGAUCUGGAAAAAGAAGAGAGAUUGAGAGAAUCUUACGUGAUUUUGAAGCAAAAAAAUGAGGACUACCUCAAAAAACCAGACGUUCCAGCAGGAGCAGCGAUCAAGGUUCGUAAAUUAGCGGAAUUGCUCCUCCCAUUAAGCCGUGUGAAAGAGGAGCGAGAGCUAAGGGAUAUGCCUGAGGGUGAAGAGAAAACUGCUUUUCUGGCAAAGGUGGAGAAGAAAAAAUUAAAACAAUCCCAAAUGCGUGCUCAACAGAUUUUUCACUGGGUGUAUCAGCGCUAUGUAGUGGAAUGGGAUUUAAUGACUGAUCUGGCUAAAGAUCUUCGGGAAUGGCUUAAAUCUAACAUACAGAUUUUUCGUUUAGAGGAGACUUACGCAAAACAAUCACAGGAUGGAACCUUCAAGUUUUUGUGGAAACUUCACGAUGCUAAAACGAUUGAAUCCGUGAUCAUCCCAGCUGCUCUUCGUGAAAAAAUCGGUGACGAAGUGAUUGAUGCCUUGGAAGAUGGAAAACGCUAUUCAGGAGUGGAGACCAAUAAGGCCGGGCUCAAUCAAGAUUUGAAUGAAGAUUCCUGGGCGCGCCUCACUGCAUGUAUUUCUUCG